AUUACAGUACAAGAACAGGAACCAGAGAAGAAAAGAAAAGCAAGCUUGUAUUGUAUGUCAUCGCUGAUUACAGAAAAGAAGAGAAAAUCGCGAAGAAGACGGAAGGGAUGUGAUUCCAUAGCAGAGAGACUCGCCAAGUGGAAAGAAUUCAACGAAAAACAUGAUACCGCCGGUGAUGGAGCCAAAAGGAAUCGGAAAGCCCCUGCCAAAGGCUCGAGGAAAGGUUGUAUGAGAGGCAAAGGAGGACCUGAGAACUUGCGCUGUAAUUACAGAGGCGUCAGGCAGAGGACAUGGGGAAAGUGGGUCGCCGAGAUUCGAGAACCGAACAGAGGAAGCCGGCUUUGGCUGGGGACCUUCUCCACCGCUCUCGAAGCUGCUCUUGCUUACGAUAAGGCUGCCAAAGCCAUGUAUGGUCGUUAUGCACGUCUCAACUUUCCUGAAAGCUCUGCAUCGAUGGAAUCUUCAUACUCAGCUACCACUUCAUCCAGCUAUUCUGAAGUUUGCUUAGCCGAGGAAUUGAAGGUGAAUCUCCCAAAGGUAGAACCUAGGCCAGAGCAGUGUGAGUCGGAGAUUUACAUGGAAGCAGUUGCGCCAGCACCAAUGAAUAUAGUUAAGCAAGAGCCGAAGGAAGAGUCUGUGGAACCGAUGAAUCCUGAUCAGUUCAGAGGGUACGGCAUCACCCAAGGACCAAUAGAUUCUGGUCACUUGACUCAGUUCAGUGAGAGUGGAUGCAAUCGUUUUGAUGAUGUGCAGAGCUUUUCAUUGGAAGAACUGUUUGAUAUGGAGGAGCCAAGAAUGAAGAAUGAGUACGAUCAAUUAGGUGGCUCUGAUCAAUUGCUGUGUGGUAGUCCAUUGGAUUUAUCGUAUCAGCUGCUGAAUCCCAUUGAACUGGAGGGAGAUGACGGGUAUGGGCUAUACGAGUAUGACGAGCAACGAUUGCUUCAUCUGGGUUUUCCUGAUUUUUUGUGGUUUUAACUAGAUUCUUGGAGUAAGGGAGAACUCUACUGUAUUAGAGGGUAACCAGCUCUUGGAUGGGGUUUCAUUUUCGUCCUUGUAAAUAAAAGAAAGACAUGAUAUGACAGCAUAAAAUUUAGACUGAUGAUAAGCAUAUAUUCUUCAAAAUUCAAUAGUCGAGUGCUUCAGAAUUUGAAUCGAUAUCGAAGGAAUAAGAUAUGAAAACCUUAUGGUUUGGUGCUUUGGUUCGAUUCUAA